AUGCUGCUUCGAAUGUCUUUCUCGGUCUUAGCAGCGAUUCUUUUCACUUCAGCCUGUGCCAGGUAAGAUUCACUAGUAAGGUUAGUUUAGAACUAAAACUUUUUCUUAAUUUCAACUACUAUCAAAGGCGAAAUAAUGGUGAUGAUUAUCGUAAAUUAUACUGCUAAAACGCGUAAGCGAUAAAAAAGUGAUUCAGACGGUAAUUACUCUAAAAUCAGGCGGCUAACAUCGACAGCAACAUUUCAAUCAACCGAUUGAACGAUUUUGUUGCAGAUAGAUGAAAAUAAAAUUUUGCAAAUAUAAGUCUGAAGUAUUGAACGAGAGAAACUUGAAGUACACUGAGUGUUUGAUCAAGGUUACCUCAUCCAUCCCUCUUUUAAUGGCUCUCCCUUCAGCGAGGGGGAAAAACAGUGUUUACCAUUAAUAGUGAGAGAACAGCGUCAGUGGAAAAUUUCUUAUCAAAAGGAAUCGUACGAUUUAUGUAUUUUUAAUGAACAGAGAAAGCUCCGUUUACUACAAAAUGUAAAUAGACAGCGAGGUGGUUGUCAGCUUAAUUUACGGUUGCAUGAUGUUUCGCUCUAUCACAUUAAUAAAUGAAAUAUUGAUCUUUCUAUAGUAGGUACGUUGUAUAACAACUAAAACCGUGUUUUGCCUCACUAGAGAGGGAUUUUAAGAGGCUUUUGAAUAAUAUUUAGUAUAGUGCAAAAAACUAAAAAAUAAAUUUCUGGAAAUUUCUACCGAAUGAAGAUUUGGGAGAGGGACGAGGGAAUGGUAAGAAUUUGCCAGGGAACGGCUUCGCUGAAAUCUUGAUAUAUAUUCAAUUUCCAUUUCUGGCCGAUAGCGCUGAAAUGUUUGAAUUUUACAGUUUGUGGUUUAAUGUCGUUUGAAUACUUUUUUUCACUAAGCUCUCUUACGUACUGGAGUGGCAGGAACGCAUCGGUUGUACUGCGCAGGCUCCUUGAUGAGAAACAUUACGACAAGAGAUUUAGACCUGACUUUGAAGGUAUGAUUAGUUCAUCUCACAGUUAGAAACUCUAAAAUUACAAGUUUUAAUUAAAAAAGAUAAAAAAAAAUAAUAAUAAAUCGCAGCCUGGGGGGUUACAAUUAUUAUCAUAAAGAUCAAUUCACUGUUCUUAGAGAGACCAAUCACAAUUUUUUAGUCAAUACCACGACCCCAAACCUGAACUCUACAGCUGUUACAUUGACGACUGUAUCAGCGCUACCUCCUCUACCAGAGAGGAGCUCACUCAAUUCAUAACCGCCGUCAAUUCCUUUCACCCGGCUCUCAAAUAUACCUGGGAAAUUUUCGACACUUCUUUGGCUUUUCUAGACAUCAAAAUUUCAAUUGAAGGCAACGGUUUAUGAACUACUGUUUCCUACAAACCUAUAGAUUCACAUAUUUACUUGCUGUAUUCAUCCUCGCAUCCGUGAUCACACGUCAAGAAUUCCAUACCUUUUUCACAGUCUCUCAGACUUCGUCGUUUAUGUAGUGACGACUCUGAUUUUCCAAAACAUCAGAGGCAGUGUGUAAGUUUUUCGAAAAACGUGGCUAUCCUGUUUCUGUCGUUCAAGCGGGUCACCACCGUGCCCAAAUAGUUAAUCGACGGUCAAACGGCUGAGAAGGAAAACAUUGACUGCAUUCCAUUCACUCUCACAUUUCACCCUCACAACCACGCGGUUAAGUCUAUCAUUCUUAAAAACUGCUUUAAAUUACUCCAAAACGAUUCAGAGAAUGGUACUAUCUUUUUUGCAACCUCCAGUAAUUUCAUUCAAACGUGACAAAAACAUAGGCAACUUUUUGGUCACAAGUUCAUUUCAAACCAAUUACCAACCUGGACUGACUUUCAAAUGCGCUCGCUUACGAUGCAAAACUUGUCCUUUCAUUCAUAACGUAGAGAAAAUCUCGGAACCCAGGAGAGCCAUUAAGAUCACUGAUCACUUUGCGUGUACCUUCGCCAAUGUCAUUUACUACAUAACUUGCACUUAUUGCAAAAAGUUAUACAUUGGUGAAACAGAAAGAUUACUAGGUGACCAAUUCCGAGAACACCUUCGCGACGUAGAAAGAAAUGACAAAGACGCAUCCGAGCCAGUCUCUAGCCAAUUUAAUCUCCCUAAUCAUUCUAAACAACAUGUGGGAAUUUGCGGCCUUUCCCUACAUCUGGGCAGUUCGGAAAGCCGCAAAACACUAGAUAAAAAAAUCAUCUUCCAAAUCGGCACCCUUAAUCCCCACGGUAUCAACGAGAGCUUUUCAUUCAAUUAGUUUAUUCUUGUUUUCUCGUCACCAUAUUCCAACCAGUAGCGUAGCUCCAUUUUCUGCAUAUAAACCGACGCAUAACCCACAAUUCCUCCAAUCGCUUUGACGAAGGGCUAACGCUCGAAACGUCAGCCUUUAAACUCUUUACAGUGGCCAAUUUACGUUUUCAACCCAGUUGUUAACACUAAAUUACCAAUCACAGUUGUUUUAUAGCGAGAGAUGGUGCUGUUUGAUGUUUCCGAGGAAUCCUGAUGCUGACUGAUGGUCAUGUAACACUUUUCUGCUUUUCUCAGGCCGCCCCGUGAAAGUAUUGGUGACAGUGUUUGUUACAUCGCUGGGAGGAUUGGAUGAAAGAGAAAUGGUGAGGGGGAUGUUGAAGCUAAGGAAGGAUUAAGUGCUGACUUUUUGUUUGUAUUUUGACUCGCCCUGCGGGCCUGUCAAAAAUACUCAGCAAUACUACACACCAAAACUUCUAAUAAGUUAUUUAUUAUCCAACUGCUUUAUCUCAAGGGCAUUUCUUAAAAAUUGGGAAAAGCGAAGCAGAUAGAGAAGCAUGGCGCCCGGAGCUGACCGGUUAAACAGGUUUUUUUUACAGUACAAAAAAACCAACUCUCCAAUAUCGGAGGAUAUUUGUAUUCGGUUCGCGUGUUAAUUGUACCACACUGAGUGCUCGUAGUUGGAUAACAAAAUAAUUUAUUUUAAGAGAACAUGGGGUUUCGUAGUGUUUAAUUAAUCUCGCCUAAAAGAUGUUUUUAAUUGAUUGACGAACUCUUCCCCGAUAAAUUGAUAAAUCAAUCUACGCAAUUUUAAUAUUUGCAUUCAUAUCAAAAAUACAGUAUGUGCUUAGGUUAUGAACAUAGCCCUUUUCUACAGCAGAAUCCAUCGUUCGAGUAAAUCGAUGUCGGCGGAAACUGCCUCAGUGCCUAAUGAACCGUGGGAAGCGAGGCGCGCCUCUAAGAGUUCACGUAAAAUACACGCUGCUCUUGGUUUUAACUCACUUUUUCCAAUUGGACAUUUCUUGAUGCUUCAGAACUCGUGUCAUUCAUACACUGUGGGUUAGGCUAUAUAGAAUUUCCCAUACGAUGGUAUGAAAUCAAUAAACUUUACUAGAUGUUUUAGAACGGUUAAGAUUUCUGUUAGAAUGAGUUGGUACUUCUUGUAUUCCGUUCAGCCCUCGCGGUAUAGAUUUGUUAGAAGUAUUUUGCCAGGUAUGGAAUGUAGUAUUGCAUGAAUAUCUGGGAGCGCCUUCACUUGGUGCUCAGCAGAACGAUUUAGAUUACAGUUAUAGGAAUAAAUGACUGUGAAUAUACGAAAAUCAUGUAUGUGAACUGCGGAUAAAGACGUGAAUAUGAGAGCGACCUUCGCAGUAAUGAACACUGUUUGAAAGUAGUGAAAAUAAGGCCUGAAAAAAAUUCAGAUCUGUACGGGAUUUGAACCCAUGACCUCUGCGAUGCAGUGCUCUACCAACUGAGCUAACAAGCCAAUUGGGACCUGGUCAUUAUGUUGGUUCCAUAAUAUGGAACAGUUUAACACAAGUGUCGCGAUCUUUGUUUCAUUUUAUUGUUUUCACCCCAGCAAUUUGAAAGCACGUUCUUUAUGAGACAAGUGUGGCAAGACUCUCGACUUCAGUUUGAGAAAGAUUAUGUUAAAAGAAAUCUGAGCCUGAAUGGAGACAUCAUGCAACAGAUUUGGAUACCAGACACCUACGUGAACAAUGAAAAGUCCAGCUCAGCACCAAAACAAGAAUUUCUACUCAUGGUUUUUCCAGAUGGAAAAAUUAUCUACAGUCAACGGUAAUAAUCAAGUAAUAUUGGCUCAAAACUGCAAUUUCAUACGUGUUCCUUAUUAUUAUGCAGGAAGCGCGUUUCACCCUCCGCGAGAAGAUUUGAGGCGAGCCGGGGAGAGGUUUGUCCUGAGUGGCUGCUAGUGCUAUACACCUUAUAGACAAAUGCCUUCUAAUUUCCCGUGGGCGAUCAAAGACUCUUCCCGAAUCGCUGAUAAUGAAGUCCUACUCGCACGCUAACAUGCUUCUUCGUACUAUGGUCGGUGGACUUCUGGGAGAUGGAAGACCGUUGUUAAUCUUAAGUGUACAAAUGAACGCAAACAUACAUAGGAAGUCCCCAGGGACAUUCAGUCGGCCGCCUCUGCAGCUUGCCAUGCAAGCCAGAGUGCGAUAGGUUGGGAAAGUAAAGCUUCUCUUGAGCUGUUCUAAGGCGCAAGAGUUUUGCAAGAAUCUCAGUAAACGAAUUAGAUUAUUGAGCCAACACGAAACUGUUUUUACUUGGCUGGUGAAUAGGUCUUUGAAUUCCUUGCGCACGGAUGCCAUCCCAACAAACUUUUAGCUUUAUCCUUUCGUGCGUAAUUGAUAUUUCUUCUCCUGAUAUUUCGCUUAUUUCUCUGUUUAGAAUGACUGUAAUUGCGGCUUGCAAGAUGGAUCUCCGGAAUUACCCCAUGGAUAAGCAAAACUGUAGUCUCCUCUUCGAAAGCUGUAUGUUUCUUGGACUAAUGACUGUAUUCUUAGGAUCACAUUCAAAAUUAUGACAAAUUGUGGAAUUUUUCAGUUACAUUGUUAUUGUCACACAGUUUCUUAAGUAUUCAUGCACCCACUAACCAAACUACUAUCCCGCCUGGAAGAGUUAUUGACUGCCUGCGUCUGGAAAAGCUUACGGAGUUUUAGUUGAAUUUCCCUCUAACUUCAAGAAUAAGAAGUAGAUAUAUUUCUGAUAUUCAUUUUCACAAAACUGUUAUUUCUCUGAAACCUCAUGGAAUUAUUUGGCAGAUGGUAUGACCACAGAUGACCUAUUCUUCAAGUGGGACGUAAAGGACGGGAGUGACGAUCUGAAAACCGCCGUGGCAAUAGGAGACGAACUGAUCAUGUCACAGUUCGCACUCGAUGGAUAUUCAGUCCGUGAAAUAACAGCCUCCUAUGUUACAGGUAUGAAGAAGUAACUUUUCAGAGCUUACAACUUCAUUAGCCUGGGUCCAGAUAAAACAGUUUACCGGGCGGGGUUAGAUUGAGUCUCCGUCGAAAAACGGUGAUUUUAAAUUUUAACAAUCCGAUAUCAGAUAUGCGGUGUGAUUGUUAGCGAGUUCCACUCGCACGAGAUUUUAGGUGACUAAAUGUGGCUAGUUCCCAGUCAAGGACAGAGUUAGUAGGUAGUAACCCAGGUUGCUCUCUCCAUGACCCUGGUGAUACAACAUUUUAGAAUGCUUUAUCUCAAAUAGCUAUAAAACAAAACAAUAAAACAACCGCAAAACAAAAUAAGAAGGGGAGGGGUCAGGUGCAUCGUAUAAAUGCAUAGUUUCUUUGUACAUCAAGUAUCACAAGGAGUUUUCUAAAUCCUUGUCUGAAGUAACUUAUCGAUUUGUUACAGGAAAUUUUUCCAUGCUGCAGCUAACUUUCUACAUUAGACGAAAAAAAUUCUACUACGUCGUUUCGAUUUAUAUUCCAACAAUUCUAAUCACCAUUUUGAGUUGGGUCUCCUUUUGGAUCCCACGAAACUCUCCACCAGCUCGGGUCGGGCUCGGAAUCACGACCGUCCUCGCCCUGACGACAUUGAUUUUCGGAAUUCAGUCGUCGAUGCCGAAAGUGAGCUACGUAAAAGCAAUUGACUGGUUUCUGUGUGUCUCCUUUCUCUACGUGUUCGCUGCUUUGGUCGAAUACCCGAGUUCCACUUUUGUCAAGUCUCAAGCCCAGAAACUGUCACGAAAGGGAACGAACAUUCUACGUAAGGUUAAAGGCCUGAAGGAAGACCCUGAAGAUAUUCCGUUAUCAGGGACAAGAUACGGUAGCACAGACAAGGUAGAUGAAUCAUUACAUAAUGCAUUCCGACAGUGUUGAUUGGCCAAGGAACCCUGGUAUACCACGCGAUAUACCAUCGGUAAAACUCCAGGGUCCAGUUGUUCGAAGGCCGAUUAGCGCUAACCCAGGGUUAGAUUUUAAUCUGGGUUUCUUUAUUCCUUUACUCUAAAGCCUUUUUGGGAAAAUUUUCAGUGUCCUUUUUAAAGCAUCAAAUAGUCAUACUCUAGACAAAAAGAAUUCGACUGAAUGUUCUUUUAAAGCUUUUAGAUCUGAAAUCGGAUUUCACACUAACCCUGGGUUAUCUUAACCCAGCUUUGAACAACCCGGCCCUGCAGGGCUAUUUGGGUCGUUUUCAUUAAAAUUGUUAUUCCAUUCGAGCUUGUUGGAAACGAGAUAGUAGACAUUAUCCCCGAGUAGCAGUUUAACAACAAGUAAGGUACAAAAUUUACGAUUGCUUAUUUUCUCAAACUGCAUAAGGAAAUUCAUGCGAUAAGUUAUCAAAAAACACUUUGAGGUAACAGUUCUUAAUUCAAGCAGAAGCAACGAGACUCUUUCCCGUUCCCUUCGCAGCCUGUUUUAGUCAACUUUUCAAUAAAAUUCGGAAUAACUUUAAUUUUUCAGGAGGAAUCCGAUCUUCGUAAACUUUCUAGGAACAGAAUUGGAGACAUGAACAGCACCUACGACCAUUCGUUGCAUGAAAACAAUAUAGAUGGUGAUAGUCACCAGACCUCUCAAGGUCGCCGCAAACAAAUGUCAUCUGAAGACGAUGAUUUUGUGAAUAACUUUAGAGAUGACGUAACAGUGAAUACUGUUGAUAAAUACGCCAGGUUUUGUUUCCCAGUCUCAUAUUUACUUUUUAAUCUAUGUUAUUGGAUUGUCUUUUUGUCAACGUAAUCACUUGAUGUUCGGAAGGAAAAUCACAGUCAAUAAAUAAUUUUGAUGGAUAUGAUUCAUAAGAAUUAUCGCAAUAUUUAACAAUUAUUUAUUUAUUCUAAUUGAAAGAGUACUGUUACGGAAACUUAGCACAGGCUAACCAGCCACAAGCUAUGCCGUUUUUUCUGAGGCUCGAUAAAAUUUCCCCUAUUCGCAUAACUCUUUGGACUCGAGAUGGUUUUUUCAAAAAGUUGACAGACAGUUCCUGUAUGGGAAUUUGAAGCGCCAUUUUUCUCGUAGAGCAAUUUUAUGUCACAAAAAUAAAAUGAAGGGAUUUUACAAGAAGACCCGAGUAAUUUAUUUAUUAAGUAAUCUAGUUUUUAAUUUUAUCUUGUUUACUCAAAUUAAGAACGUGUCAGG